GAUUGGCUGUCUGACAUUAAGGAAACGGGAAGCUCUUAUGUUGAGUGCGUGAUUAACUAACUGGCAAACGCGACAGCAACCUAUCGCAGUCGGAGAAUGUUUUGAAGCUUCAGGUUAAUCCAAACAUCUCUUGAGAAAAAGGCACUAUUUGUUAGAGCUACGCACAUUUGGAUAUACCAUUCUUUCUUUGUCAGUAACAGGUAGCUCGUUGAAAUGGGGUGCUUCUUCUCCAAAAAAUCUAGGAGAAAAUGUCCUGAUAGGGAGCCUGCUCUGUCGGAUAUCGAGGAGGACGCAACCAACAAUAUCCCUGCGACUAGCACCGAGGUUAAUGCCACAGCGUUAAGUACCAACAAUACUGAGGAAGCACCAAAACAGUAUAGCUGGGACAAACGACCAAAGGUUGAUCCUAAAGAUUUCAUGCUGACUGGCCUCAAGGAUGUCACAGUGGGGCGCUUGCCAGGCAAGCUGAAUGGGCAACAGUUUGUCAUCCAAGAGUGUGAAAACUGCUGCAUAUACGUGUUUGACCAUUCAGCCACUAUCACCAUUGACGACUGUGUGAACUGCAGGAUAGUACUCGGACCAGUGAAGGGCAGUGUCUUCUUCAGGGACUGUAAGGACAUUAAAUGUGUGGUCGCCUGCCAGCAGUUCCGUACACGAGACUGCAAGAAGAUGGAGGUGUUUCUGUGUUGUGCCACACAACCUAUCAUAGAGUCCUCCACGGGAAUGAAGUUUGCCUGCUACCAGUACUACUAUCCUGAUGUGGCCUUCCACUUCAAAGACGCAGGCUUGAGCAUCUUCAAUAACAACUGGAGCAACAUCCAUGAUUUUACUCCAGUUUCCGGGGAGACCAAUUGGAGCUUGCUGCCGGAGGAUGUAGCUGUCCUGGACCACCUUCCCCUGCCAGACUCAGAAUCAGAGUUUAAGUCCAUUCGAAUCUCUACUGAAGUAGCACGGAGCAUCGUCCCACUAACCAAAGGAAACCGGCGCAAGGGCAGUGAUGAGACUUGCCUUUUUGUCUUCUUUGCUGGUGACUACACCACUGCCAAUGCCCGAAAACUCAUUGAUGAGGCAACUGCAAAGGGCUUUCCGCUGGUACAAACCAAAGAAGUGUCCAUGCGUCCCGAGGAUGUGCAAAGAGUGUUUGGAGCCAACACAGAGAGCCUGAUCGAGUGGAUUGCCAAAGGUGCAGUUGUUGCUCUGGAGUUUAACGGAGACGGUGUUGUGGAAGCCUGCCGUAACAUUGCCAGUGAUGUCUUCAGUGGAACCAAGGUUUUUGUCUCUGAAAACAAGGAUACAGCCUCCCGAGAUGUGGACAACUUUUUCAACUUCGCUGACAUGCAAAUGGGGUUGUGAGAUUCAGGCACAAUAUUAACACAGCACAUCGAUGUAGUUUUUUUUUUUUUAUAUAUAUAUAAUUUGUUUUGUGACCGUCCAAUUUGUACUGGCAGUAUUGUAAAUUGAGUUGCGUACAGUCAACUUAAUUUUGCAACAAUCACUGAUCCCUUGUCAAAACCACUUUACCUUUGCAGAUGAGCCUAUUUAUUGAAUGUAUCUUUAUAGUACUUUUAUUCUAUGUGCAUUGACUUCACGCCAUUCUGUAUGUGCUGCAUUGUAUACCUUUGCAAUCAUCUUUAUCGUGCAAAGCAUUCACUUUGAUAGCAAACUUAAACAAGCACACAAGACAAUCUGAUUUCUAAUUCUUUUGGCAUGUUGAAUGUGUUUUUUCAUAAUUGUCCCUAGGUAUUUAUUUAGUUCUAGUUCUAGUAAGAGACAGCAGAAAAAUGUUAAGAAACAAUAUAUGAUUUUACAUUAAUGAUACAUUUUCUAAGAUUUUCUAUAGCUGGUUGAGAUGUAUAUAUUGUAGUUAUUGAUAAUGGAGAGUGGUUGUUUAACCAAGGUGUUUUGAAUAUUGUAUUGUGCUGUGUCUGAGACAUUUUUGCCUCUUUGUCAGUCUUUUGAAAAGUCUUUUAUUUUGUAUAUCCAUUGUCCAGUAUGUCCAAGUACCCAUCUGUUUUGUUGUUGAUCCUCAAGAUUUGGUAGUUGUCAUAUGAUUGAAACAACUUUAAGACACAGUUGCACUAAAGUUUUUUUUUUGGUCUCAUCUGUGAGUUUCGGAAUUGUUAAGAGUACACUGAUCUGUCCUGUGACCAAAAACAAAUGAUGCCGCAUUUGUACAUGUGUCAAACCAGGUUAACAAUGUGCUUUUGUACUUCUGAAUGUCUGUUUUCAUAUUCAUGUUUAAACAAUUUUACAGA